AUGGCGAGUCUGAAAGCGUCUUGCACCGGAGGCGCAGAAAUCAGUCCCCAGCGGGGAGCAACAGGCGUCGCGGUGACUGGAACCGCAGCGCAGUGUAGCGCCCCCGCGGGGGGCAGAGGUGCGAGUGCGCGCCGCGGAAGAGGAAGUGGAGGGGGCGUGGCGGGGCAGGGCGGGAGCGCUCGCUUUCAACGCGCCCUGGUGGUGGUGGUGGCGGCGGCGGCGGCGGGUGCUUCGGAGUACAGCGCGCCGUUGCACCCGCGCGCCGUGCACUCCCACAAUAGCCGCGAGCUAUCGACCACGCGCGAUCGCAGGCCGCCACUCCGCGUAGAAAUGAAGAGCUUAGGUGUCUCUGUUGUCAUCAUUAAUGCGCGAGCAUUGAGAUCUCAUGCCAGUAAAAUGAAUAUUGCAAUAUGCACUUAUGUCAUCAGUAUAUUCUUGGUGAACUACGCACAACCUGAAAAUGCAUGUGCAAAAUCUGCUAUUCUGGAAUUAGGAGGAGAUGCUACAAUUACAGGCAAGUCUCUUCAACAUCCACAAAGGACCUAAUUGUUCUGAGGGUGACCCAACUGGUCUCCAGCAAAUGGCAGCUGCUGCCUGGAUAGUCAAUACUCUAAAUCAAAACAACUUCCUGCCUGGUAUAAAAAUAGGUAUAGAUUUGUACGAUGCAUGUACAACAGACUUGGAUGAAUUAAUGAAAAGCUUCACAAAUGAAAAUUGUAAGAAAAGUUAUAACUUAGGAUUGCUGACCAUUCCGGAGUUAGAACAGAACCUUCUGUCUGUUUCAAGCUCAAAUGACACCUUAAUUUUCUUCACGGAUUCUCAGUCUCCAAAACAAUUGCUAAUUGACACAACAGUAAAUGUUUUGGUGUCUCUUAACUGGACAAAAGUAGAUUAUUUAUUUGCUCCAUCAGAAGCUUUUCUCUACACUUUCAACAAGAGAUCAUAUCAUAAUGGAAUUUGUAUAGCGAAACAACAUGUUUUACCAGACUUCCAAAACAUGCACUGGAAGCAUCUUCUGCAUCGAGCAGUACUUAUGGAACGCAAUAAUACCCUCAUAGUUCUAUUUGGCACAUGGGAACAAAUGCUUUCAGUUGUGGAAGCCCUUUCUGUUCUCAAUUCAUCAAUUCAAUGGAUAUUGGUUCCUUUUGACACUAUGACACAACGAUCUGACAUAGAAAAUGCUCCAAGAAAUUCUCUGGUUGUGUUACCUGCUAUUGGCAUUUUACAAGAGAAAAAAAUACAUGAAGAUAUGAAUCUUGCCCAUGAUCAUCAGAUGUUUAAUGCUACAGGUCACUCUGAGAAACGCAUAUUCAUAAAUUAUCCUCUUUUUAUGAAUGUUGCUUUUCCUGUACUGAAUAUACUGUCAAAGUUCAAGGCAGCUGUGUCAGAAUACUGCACUCCAGAUAGUGCUGAUUAUAUAUGUUCUACUUUAUCAUCAGUAUAUUUCAAUUAUUCCUCAGAACCGCCUAAACGUGAUUUUAUAAUGAAAAUGAUCCUUUCAAGUGACUAUAUCAUUGUUACUGCUAUAAGUCACAUUGGGGAUAACAAUAAUUUAGAAGAUUUUGCAAUCUAUGAAGAAAGUCCCGAGCAUGAGGAAACUCCAAUAAAAAUUGUUAGCGAUAAUUAUAAUGAUGUGUUUCAAGGAGAUUUCUGUAAUAUUGAUGGAAACAAUAGUUCUUUCCUUAAUGACUGCUCAUAUUGUAGUAAUUUUGCUGGAGAACAAGUUGAAAUAGGAGAUAAGAUUGGAAAUUUUGAUCAAGUUUAUCAACUAAUGUCGUGGAGGCCAGAAGCUUGGGUUGCUGCUGUAACUUCUAUUGGAGCUGUUGGUAUUACCUGUGCUCUGGCCAUUACAAUUUUCAUAUCAGUUCGUAUAUGCAAAGGAGAUAUACUUGAAGGAAAUCCUUUCUUUUCAUAUUUGCUUCUUCUCUCUGUUAUAUUUACUUAUUUAUCAACUCUUCCAUUCAGCUUCAAGUAUGAUGAUGAAGAUGAAUAUUUGUCUAACUUAUUUUGUGCACUUCGCAUUACUGGAACAAGUAUGAGUUAUGCUUUCUUAUUUUCCAUUAUGCUUUCUCGAAGUCUAAUGUUAGCUUCUUUUGAUAAUGAUGGACCAUUCAUGAGUCAUAUUAAUGGAUUUAUGCAAUCAAUUCUGUGUAUUUUUAUCUUAGGAGUACAAAUUGCUUUGAGUGUUCAGUUUCUAAUAAUAAGAACAAAUUUUCUCAAUGCUGAAAAAUGUACAUCAAUGUAUGAAGGGUAUAAUUUUCAAAUACUCUUAUGUUAUGAUGUCUUCCUUCUCUUACUUCUAGUCUGCACUAGUCCUUUUUCAGUGCGUUCAAAGCGUAAUUAUUCUGAAGGAAUGUUUUUCACUGUAGCAUCUUUUAUUUGCAUGCUUAUUUGGAUUAGUUGGACAGCUGCAUAUUUGGUUUUACCUAGAGAAUGGAAAGAUGUAGCUAUUAGUGGUGGUCUUGCAGCAACAGCUACUGGAAUACUUGUAACAGUAUUUAUUCCUAGAACAUACUUAAUGAUGACAGCUAUUGUACGGGACAAUCUAACGAGUGCACUUCCUUCUUUGGCAUGUACAAACUCCACUAGUAUCUUAGACCUUAAUUAUCGAACAACUUCCAAUCAAGUUUUAUACGAUUGUGUGAAUCCAUUUCCAGGAGGUCAACUAAAUCCUAAUUUCUAUUCUGAACAGCCCCAAGCAAUAUCAAUUGUCAAACCAGAAGAUAUUGAUCCCAUAACACCUGAAGGAACUUACGAAAUGUAUGAUUCACCAACAUCUCCUAACAAAGUAACACAUUUCUAAAAUUUAUUCUGUUUUUAAAUCGUGACCUGCCCUUUUCCAAAAAAUUUUUAACUGAAGCAACAGUAAGGUUUCCUGUAUUGUUAUAGGAUUGUGUAGAUUAAGCAACACAUUCAUAGAUUGAUUUUAUGCUCAGGAAUUCAAAAAAGUAUUGCCUCCAUGAAAUAAUGUAAUGGUUAUGAAUGAAGAUGUAAUAAUCUUCAAUAAGACUCUUCACUGACAACCAAUUUAAUUCAUUAUUUAUAUAAAACUGAAGGAAUGUGUGGUUUCUAGUCACUUUGAGAUAAUUGCAUUUGAAAAUAGCAUUUAUUGUUUACAUAGUACAUGAUAGAGUUGAGGACAGUUUUAUUUUAUCAAUGGAGUUACCAUCUUCUUUAAUCUUAACAAAAUACCAUCACAAAGGUUGUGAAUGUGAAAGACUUACUUUGAUAACGUAAGACUAUUUAUAUAUUUAAAUAAAAGCUUUUGUAAAAA